AUGGCCCUUGUGGGAUUCGCAAGAGGUCAGGACUUCGGUAUUCCUUCUGACUGGCGGAAACCCACUUCCAGCCGUUCUCGCUCCGAGCGUCUGUCCAUCGCUCGCACUGCCAUCGCAUCCCUGAUAUCAACUGUCAACACUAGCGACGGUGCCACCAAUCCAGCCAUGGACAUAUGGGCGCACGCGAACGUUCCCGCAGCCCUCGCCCAAUACGACUACAUCACUGAGAGCCAAGACAACCACGAUCUUGUGUCGAGCAUCAUCGCGGGUUUCCGCAACACGCAUGAUCCUUCCUACUUCAAUAGUACCAUGAUAUGGGGCCUAGCGGCCUUCUAUGGAGCUCGCGCAUACAAUGACACCGAUUUGCUCAAUAUCGCAGCGGACGUGUGGAACGUCGCGCAGGUGUAUUCUGUUUCUGCGCAAGACGGUGAAAACGGCACUCAACACACAAGGAACGUGAGUUUUACCAUCAACUGUGUCCCAAACGUGACGUCUGCCGGAGCCGUCUUCUGGAAAGCGAAUGUGGCAGACGAUCUGGGCAGUAACGGAGAGACGGUGGGAGCAUACGUCGCGUUGUCCGUGCAUCUCUGGGAAUCGACCGGCAAUAUGACUUACCUCAGCGCCGCCGAACAGUCUACAAGCUUCAUGUACACCCACAUGUACUCUCAGUCUACCAGGACGAUAACGGAUACCUACCAACUUUCCUCAUGCUCCAGUAACCCUAAUCUAGUCACAUACGAUCAAGGUUUUCUCCUCGAAGGUCUUGCAAUGCUAAGCUUGGCACCGGUCUCAAGCAACGGGACGUGGAAGAGCCUUCUACAGGCACUCGUCAUCUCGACCGUUCAAUUCUCUGCAUGGACCGUGGCGAACGGAACCAAUGCUGGUGUAAUUACAGAAAAUGACACAAACGACCCGACCAAGUUCCAGGAAGCUUGGGUAUUUAGAAAUGCGUUCACUCGUGCGCUUUACGAAGUCUGGUCUCGUACAACCCCGAAAAGCCCGAUGGCGGACUUGAUUCAGGCUUUCAUGAUGGUGCAGUAUAACGCGUUGCUUGACCUAGCAUCGAGCAAUGGGGACUUCUACUCGCCUGUCUGGAUAGGACCCACAUUGAAAGAGAUGGUCCCUUGGGGUCAGAUAUCGGCAUUAGAAGUGUUGAAUGCGGCUAUCGACAUGACUCCAGCGAAUGAGACCUCCAGCUCAUCUAUAGGAAGUCCCUCUCCGACGACUACCCUAGCAUCCUCUGGAUCCUCCCACGUUCCGCCGCAUUCUUCGAAGGCAUUAUCCAGAGGGACAAUUGCGGGCAUUACGCUCGGCACUAUCACCAGUGUCGCGAUGUUUCUCGCUGCGAUCGUCCUUCUCAGACGGCGCAGUCGGCGGCGGCUAGAGUCGGAACACAUUGACUCCGGAGAAGUCGACCCUUUCCCUCCAGGCCACCCAAUCAUUCACCAGCGCCAGGAGGUUACGUCCGCAGGAUACGAUAACAAGAAUGGGCGAAGACCCGGGGCCGGGAUUUCUGAGUCUAGUAGCUCAAGGCUUGGGGCUACUACAGCUUCGGCUACCAGUACUGCACCGAACGCUAUAUCGACGGCGCAGGACCAACAACCUCCCCUCGCGCCGGCCGCAGAGCCACCGCUCGCGGAGUUGACACGUAUGAUUCGCCACUUCAGGACGCAACUGCACGAGCCACCUCCUUCAUAUUAUACUGGAUCCGGAUGA